AUGGGCCCCAUCAAACUUGACCGUAACAAUUACAUUCUCUGGAAAACUCAGAUGGAAAAUGUAGUUUAUGCUAAUGGCUUUGAAGAGUAUAUCGAAGGCACUAAAUCUUGCCCACCCAAGGAGUUACCUACAGGGGAUCUCAAUCCUGAUUUUGUGCAAUGGCGCCGUUUUGAUCGCAUGGUUCUUAGUUGGAUGUAUUCUACCUUAAACCCAGAUAUUAUGGGUCAAAUUGUUGGGUUUCAGACUUCCCAUGAAGCUUGGAUGGCUUUACACAAGAUUUUUUCUGCUUCGUCCAAGGCUCGAAUUAUGCAGCUUCGCCUUGAAUUUCAGACCACAAAGAAGGGUGGUGAUUCUAUGCUAGAUUACAUUCUCAAAAUGAAGACCAUUUCUGAUAAUCUUGCUGCUGUGGGGGAACCGGUUAAGGACAGAGAUCACAUUCUUCAACUUCUUGGAGGCCUAGGUCCUGACUACAAUUCUAUUGUAGCCUCCUUGACCGCUCGUGAAGAUGACCUCUCUCUCCAUUCCGUCCACAACAUUCUUCUUACCCAUGAGCAAAGAUUACAUCUCCAGCAUUCGUCCCCUACAGAUCUUCCUUUUGCCUCUGCCCAUAUGCCUUCUAUUCCAUCCAGACAACCAUCCAGACCUCAUCAACCCCGUCAUUAUCAUCAUCCGUCAAGACCUCAGCACCAAGUCUCAUCUUCUUCUAACAGACCUCCAACAAGAUUCCACCCUCAGCAACCAAGAAACCAUCACCCAAUACCCUCUGCUCAUAACAAACCACAUCAUCUAUCUACACAUCCUCAAUGCCAAUUGUGUGGCAAGUUCGGUCAUACGGUUAUCAAAUGCUAUCACCGUUUUGACAUCAACUAUCAAGGCAACAAUAGUGUUCCACCUGCACAGGCUUCUUUUUCUCAUUCCAUGCUUGCUGCCGCACCAAAUCAUCAAGAUUCUUGGUUCUUUGACACUGGUGCAACUCACCACCUUAGUCAUUCUGUUCAAACUCUCUCUUGUGUUCAGCCAUAUUCAGGUACUAAUCAAGUCACAAUUGGUGAUGGCAAUUCGUUACCCAUUCUUCACACAGGUACCAAGUCCUUUUUCUUUCCUUCCAAGACCUUUUCCUUAAAUCAAGUUCUUCAUGUACCUCAUCUUUCCACCAAUCUCAUCAGUGUCUCCAAAUUCUGCAUGGAUAAUGCUGUUUUCUUUGAGUUUCAUUUCUCUUAUUUCUUUGUCAAGGAUCAGGUCACCAAGAAGAUUCUUCUCAAGGGCUGGCUUAGGGACGGUCUGUAUGAGUUCUCCUCCUCAUCUCCUCCUCGUGCGUUUGUGACCACAAGCUCCUUUUCUGAUGGUGCAAUUUGGCAUUCCUGUCUUGGACACCCAGCAGCUCCUAUUCUUUCUAAGGCUUUAGCCUCUUGUAAUCCUUCUGUUACGUUACAGAUUAAUAAAAUUGAUCCAUGUAUCAUUUGUCCAUUGGCUAAGUCUCAUUCCUUACCUCAUUCUUUGUCAUCUUCUCAUGCCUCUCACCCCUUAGCCCUCAUUCACACUGACUAG